AUGUCAUUCGCUAUGACAACCAUCAAGGAUUUUGAUAAGGGCUCGCAGAAGACUAGAUUGGAUGAGAUAGCCAAAGCACAGGUCGAUAAUGUCGAACAUUCUCAUCCCGCCGAGAUGGAUUCUGCAACUGGCAAGGAAGCUGCCCCCUUAAUGCGCUGCAAGGAGGACGACCUCACUGUUUGGCAAUCGGUAAGACGAUACCGGAUGGUUGCUGUGAUUGCAAUGGCUGCAGCAUUCAGCGCUUCACUGGAUGGUUACCAAAUAAAUCUUAACGGAGGCAUCGUCUCUAAUAAAGGCUUUAUCCGACAAAUGGCCACGUCUGAUACGGCGAUCAUAGCAGGCAAAUACAUCGCAGCCUGGGGCGGAAUUCAAUCGACUGGCCAGACAAUCGGUCAGAUUCUUCUCCAAUACGCGACCGAGGCCUUUGGGCGAAAAUCAGCUCUGUAUAUCAUCUGGCUCACAUUCGUGGUGAGCGUCCUGAUAGAAUCAUUCUCUGCUAGAUGGUAUCACUGGCUCGUCGCAAAGCUGUUCUCGGGGAUGGGCGUUGGUAUGCUCCAAUGCACAAUGCCACUGUAUCUGUCCGAAAUUGCUCCAACACAGCUCAGAGGGUUCUUCAUCAAUGCCUGGUUCGUGGUAGGCCAAUUGUUCGCCUCGGUGGCUUUGAAUAGGCUGAGCGCCACGGAUCCAUACGAUUUCCGCACUCCAAUCUACACUCAAUGGGCUAUGAUAGGCGCCGCAGGUGUCAUUUUCGUCCUGAUCCCGGAGACCCCUUGGUGGCUUGUCAGCAAAGGGAAGAUGCAAAAAGCAGAGAAGGUUCUAAAGACAUGCAACGGUACUGUGCCAGAUUAUAAUAUCGAUGACCAGAUUAACGUGAUGACUUCCACGGUGGUGCACGAGCGAAUCGUCGCCGAACGGAACAAGGAGCAAGGCAUGUGGGCCAUUUUCAAAGGUCGAAACAUGAUCCGGUUUAUCAUUGCUGGAUGGCCAAAGAUCACGCAGCAGUUUGUCGGGUUGGCUGUGUUCAACACCUACGCCACCUACUUCUUCCAAUACGCUGGUAAUAAGAAUCCGUUCCUCGUGACUGUCAUCCUUUCUUGCGUCCAGCUUCUUUCCAUGCUACUCACAGCAACCUUGACCGAUCAAUUCGGUCGUCGUCCGUUGACGGUCUAUCCUUAUGCCAUAACCGUUCUCUCGGUGCUGUGUCUGGGCAUCGUUGGCUGCUUCGACUACAAGUCGCCAGCUCUCAGUUCUCUGUUGAUCUUCUUUGCCUGUCUGGCCACCUUCUCCACCACUGGUGCGUCCGCCAUCGGAUACGCCUAUGCAGCGGAGAUCCCUCAGCAACGGCUCCGUGCCCAGACAGCCGCCUGGUCUCUGGCUUCGUCGAAUAUGAUUAGCAUCAUGUUUAGCUUCUGUACCCCGUUGAUGAUCAAUAACCCUCCUACCAAAUGGGGUCCAAAGACCGGCUUUUUCUUUGCUGGUACCGGGACCGUAGCCGUGGUUAUUGCGUGGUUUAUCCUUCCGGAGGUAACGCGUCGUACACCGGGUGAAAUCGAUGAGUUGUUUGAGAAGAGGGUCAACCUGCGCAAGUUCAAGAACUAUGUCACUGACGCGCAAAUUACUGCGGAUGAACACCACAGGAAAAUGGAGUUGGCUUGA